AUGAAGUAUCAGACCAUCACUUUCGCCACCUCGACCCUCCUCGGUCUCGUGGCGGCCAGUCCUUAUCACCGCCACCACAAUGUGCGACGCGUCACCAAGCGUGAGGUUCCCCAGGAGCACUCCCACGAAAUCUUUCUCAACAUCACCCGCGAAUUCCUGAACAAGGAGAACCCCAAAGGCAUCUCCGACCCCGUCUUCGGUCUCCUCGGAGACAAAGCGGCCCAGGCCGGUGCCGGGAAAGUCACCAACCUGGCUUGCCUGCAGCAGGAGACUGCUGACCAGGCCUUCACCAACGCCAAAGCCGCCAAGGACAUCCGCGGCAUGUCAGCCGCUCUCGUCUACCAGACCCUCGAGCGCAACACCGCGGGCGUCGGCGUGAACAGCGCCGCUUGCACCGACAAGCCCGUCAACGCCGAGAUCGCCGCCCUGCCAAAGAAGCAUCAAGACCCUGCUGCUGCUGGCGCCGCGGCCAACAACAAGGAGGUUGCUCUGGCGCUGGCCAAGCAGUUGGCCGCCGUCGGCGGUGAUCCCAUGCUGGCACUCGAGAGCGGCACGUUUGCUCCCGGAUCCAAGACCGACAACACCGGCAAGGGUCUGAGCUGUGACACUGAUCCGGACCCCACCGGCUGCAUCUUCACCCUCAAGAAGCUUGUUCUUGACGCCACCCCCGAAGAAAUCACCGCCGCUGCGCAAGGUGUCACUCAGACCGUCACCGGCGGCACCGGUGAGCUCAAGGCAACUCACAUCGACAUCAAGGGCCUCCCCGUCGCUGGCCAGUCUGGAGGUGCCACCGGAGGACAGGCUUCCAACACUUCUUCCAAUGCAGGAAACAAUGCCCAGCCAGCCAGCAGCAAUACCAACACCAGCACCAACACCAACGACGCUUCUUGUGAUGCAGCCAGCUCCAACAACGGUGCGGCCCAAAGCAAUGCAAGCAGCGAAGCCGCCAGUGGAGACAACGGGAACAACUCCAACAGCAACGCCGACGCCAAUGCCAGCACCGGAAGCGGUAACAACGUCCAAACCUUCACCGGCUCCCUCGGCGGCACCCCUCCACCGGUCAUCCAGAGCUCCGGCACGCGCCCCUUCUCCGUUAACGGCGACACCUUCGUCGGCAAGGGCGCCGCCCUCGGCCGGUCCUGCGACAUCCAGCACAACGCCUGCUCCCGCGCCGUCAACAGCGGCCAGCUCAGCGGCAAGGUCUCCCAGUGCGACGAGCAAGACACCCAGUGCCGCGCCCAGGCCAAGCUCCGCAGGCGCUCCUUCAAGCGCCAGGCCACCGACUUUGGCUCCUGCAGCGACCCCUCCAUCGUCUUCAAGAGCGGCCUGGCCGACCGCCAGACCGCCGCCUUCAUCGCCAACAACCAGGGCGACUUCAACCACGGCUCUGCGCAAAAGAUUGGCAUCAUUGCCGGGUUCAUCUGCCAGCGCCUGUCGGACAGCUGCAAGGCGCCCGCUGCUACCGUUGAGAGCUGUAAGCAGGCUCAGACGGCGGCCGUGGCUGCUACUCAGGAUGAGACUGCUGCGAAUGUGUUUAACAGCAUGCUUAUUGGCGGCUCGGCCAGCGGUAACGUCACUGCUCGUUCCGUCCUCGAACGGUACUGA